AUGAAGUGCUGGAGGCAACGUUUACACGACAUAGCUUCAGAUGUGGUCAUAACAGAGCUCAGAGCGUCCGGGGGACUUGAACACUUAAGUCGACUGAAUGAUGAGAAGCAGAACCCAAAACUGAAGCGUAACCGCCAGCAAGCACAGCUACGUGAGGACACACUGGCGCUGCCCAGACCCAGCCGGCACCUGGGGCACGCCACAAGCAGGACCCAGCCGGCACCUGGGGCACUCCACAAGCAGGACCCAGCCGGCGCCUGGGGCACGCCACAAGCAGGACCCAGCCGGCACCUGGGGCACGCCACAAGCAGGACCCAGCCGGCACCUGGGGCACUCCACAAGCAGGACCCAGCCGGCGCCUGGGGCACGCCACAAGCAGGACCCAGCCGGCACCUGGGGCACUCCACAAGCAGGACCCAGCCGGCGCCUGGGGCACGCCACAAGCAGGACCCAGCCGGCACCUGGGGCACGCCACAGGCAGGACCCAGCCGGCACCUGGGGCACGCCACAAGCAGGACCCAGCCUGCGCCUAGGGCACGCCACAAGCAGGACCCAGCCGACGCCUGGGGCACACCACAAGCAGGACCCAGCCGGCACCUGGGGCACGCCACAAGCAGGACCCAGCCGGCGCCUGGGGCACACCACAAGCAGGACCCAGCCGGCACCUGGGGCACGCCACAAACAGGACCCAGCCGGCGCCUGGGGCACUCCACAAGCAGGACCCAACCGGCGCCUAGGGCACGCCACAAGCAGGACCCAGCCGGCGCCUGGGGCACUCCACAAGCAGGACCCAGCCGGCGCCUGGGGCACGCCACAAGCAGGACCCAGCCGGCGCCUAGGGCACGCCACAAGCAGGACCCAGCCGGCGCCUGGGGCACACCACAAGCAGGACCCAGCCGGCGCCAAGGGCACGCCACAAGCAGGACCCAGCCGGCGCCUGGGGCACGCCACAAGCAGGACCCAGCCGGCACCUGGGGCACGCCACAAGCAGGACCCAGCCUGCGCCUAGGGCACGCCACAAGCAGGACCCAGCCGGCGCCUGGGGCACGCCACAAGCAGGACCCAGCCGGCGCCUAG